UACAGUAUUCGGCAAUACGAUGGAGAAAUACUGUUACACAGAUAAAACUAUAUUUUAUGUAAUUUAGUAUAUGAUGUUAUGCGACUUUGGCAAGUGUCUUCUUAUUAAUUACACAGUUACAUGUUUAAUACCCCCUCCCCCUCUCCUCGCGAUAGCGGGGAUGGUAUUUGAGCAUGGCUCCAGUGGCUUUGCAGAGUACCUGGUUCGGUUGUGGCUUCGGGAAGCAGGAACGUUCGUUGAUGCUGCUGAUAGUACUUUUACAUACAUUAUACCUUUUACAUUAGUACUUUUACGAUUGGGCUUUAAAACAAUAACAAAUAAAUAAUUUUAUAAAUAAAUAAAUAAAAAAAAUAUUUAAUUGCAAUAGAAAUGAGAGGGGUGUGAAAAAAAAAAUCAAUCACAAGAAAGUGAGAAAAGAGAUGUGCAAGACAAUAUGCAAGGUUACAAGGUUCUGCAAUUGUGAUCAUUAAUUAAUUCUGUUGUUGAUGAUGGUAAGUUAACAUUCUGCGAUUUGUUUGGGUUGAGGCGUAUUUGGGUUAUACUAAUAUAAUAAAGUCGAGGGGACUGUGAAUUGGAAACAUUCAGCAUAGUUGUGCAAUGCAAUGGUUGCUUGAAUUGGUUAAAAAGGCGGCGAUUGGGGUGUGAAUUGGGAUUGAAAUAUUUCAUUUAUGCGGAGAGGCAAUGCGACUUCAUUUUUAUUGAAGGUACUCUGACAGGGUUGUGCUGGGUAUUGCGCGGUGUGGGUCGAUGGCUCUACAAUCGCUAAUGACGUAGAAAGAUUAUAAAAAAGUAUCCAGUUGGCAGCUCGUGGUAAUGAACAAUCAUUUUUAAAUCACAUUCAGCAAACUAGUAAUAAAAAAGAGGAUUACGUUAUUAUAAAUUAUGCAUUGAUUGAUGGUCGUGAAUUAAUAUAUAAGCAGAUCGCAUCGGCAUUAUUAGGCAGCUUGUCUACAAUCAUGUUAUGACAUUUCGUUUUUAAUAAUUUUUAGUAUUAUUAUUAUUAUUAUUGAUAAUCUCCGGCUGCUGCGUGGUCACGUGUUUAGGGAUGGACUUGGUCUACUUUGUGUUUCGAAACAUAAUGGCAUUUGUGUUUACUGGUCUGUGCUGAAGUCGAUUUACAGAAUUGUCUUUUUUUUAACUAAGUGAAGUACAAUCAAAGGCAGUAUUUAAGGAAAGGUAUAGGUUUUAAUAUUAGGUUGCAUGCUUUAAAGCGGAGUCUGAAAGUAGUACUGGAACGUAUUUGUUUGUUUAUUCUUGCGCGUUACUAGUAGCGGUGGUGGUUAGUCAAAUACAGCACGGUUCUCAGUACUAUCAGUAGAUCAAGGAUGAUGGAAGCUGACGAUGCGAGCACCUCCGCCGCGCUGAUGAAAAAGUUCGCGUCCACUGUGAAAGGUGUCGGCGUGCCCGAGUUUGGUUGGCGCAUCUGCUUGGCUCAUGAAUUCCAGGAGAAGAGGAAACCGUUUCAGGCAAGCAACGUUUCUCUUUCAAACAUCGUGGAGCACCUGGGAUUGGGAGUCAGGUAUUUGAAAUGGUGGUACAGGAAAACUCAUGUGGAAAAGAAGGCUCCUUUUAUCGACAUGAUCAACUCUCUUCCCUUGCGACAGAUUUACGGAGCCCCGCUGGGUGGGUUUGGGGGUGGCACCAUUACCAAGGGCUGGCGGGGGGAGUUCUGCAGGUGGCAGCUGAAACCAGGAAUGUACCACUACAAAACCGUCAUCGCUGAUCAGUUCACAGUGUGUCUGCGCAGGGGCGGUCAGACUCUGUAUCAGCAGGUCCUCUCAGUGGAGCGGCCGCACACCCUGCAGGGCUGGAACUGGGGCUUUUGUGGCAGUUUCGCUUUCUACCACGCCCUCUACCCCCGUGCCUGGACCGUCUACGACCUGCCGGGCCAGAACGUCACCCUCACUUGCAGACAGGUGUCUCCCAUCAUUCCACACGACUACCAGGACACCAGUCUGCCGGCGGGUGUAUUCGUUUGGGACAUCGAGAACCGGAAUGACUUUGCCCUGGAGGUCACCAUCAUGUUCACCAUGAUGAACGGGACCGGGACCAAGGACGAUAAGAAGGGGGGACACUGGAACGAACCAUUUCACCUGGAGAAGGAGGGGGAGGCGGUGUCUGGGGUCCUGCUGCACCACUGCACACACAUCAACCCCUACACCAUGGCCAUCGCAGCCAGGGCACAGCCUGGCAGACACCUCAGCCACCAGACUGCUUUCAGCCCGACGGGGAUGUGCCGAGCUCUCUGGACAGACCUCAUCACGGACGGGCAGCUGGAUUCUCCUGCAGGACCCAGCCCUCCCACACAGAAAGGUGAGAAGACGGCAGCGGCAGUGGCAGCGUGCUGUACGGUGCCUCCGCUGGGAAAAAACACGCUGGAGUUCAGCCUGGUGUGGGACAUGCCCAGAAUCCACUUUGGAGCGGGGGAGCGAGAGCACCUGAGACGGUACACACGGUUCUUUGGCAGCAGUGGCGACGCGGCUCCCAAGCUCAGUCACUAUACUCUCACACACUACAGAGACUGGGAGCGCAAGAUUGAGGACUGGCAGAGACCCAUCCUAGAGAAUAGGAGCCUCCCUGCCUGGUACAAGUCAGCCCUGUUCAACGAGCUCUACUUCCUGUCUGACGGGGGCACGGUGUGGGUGGAGGUCCCCUCGGAUGCUGACAUCACCGGGGGGCUGCGCUCAGAGCAGGGGGGUCUCCCUGCUCUGCCCCCUGUGCUCAGCGAGUUCGGACGCUUCGCCUAUUUAGAAGGACAGGAGUACCGGAUGUACAACACUUAUGAUGUGCACUUCUACGCCUCGUUUGCACUGAUCAUGCUGUGGCCCAAACUGGAGCUGAGUCUGCAGUACGAUGUUGAUGACGAGCCCUGGGAGAGAGUGAAUGCCUACCUGAUCCAUGACACGGCUGACUGGAAGGACCUGAACCUGAAGUUUGUGCUGCAGGUGUACCGGGACUAUCACCUCACCCACGACCACACCUACCUCACCGAUAUGUGGCCUGUCUGCCAGGCUGUGAUGGAGUCUGAGCUGAAAUUCGACACUGAUGGAGACGGGCUCAUUGAGAACUCUGGGUACGCAGACCAGACCUACGAUGGGUGGACUGUCACUGGACCCAGUGCAUACUGUGGAGGACUGUGGCUGGCCUCUGUCUGUGUCAUGUGCAAGAUGGCUCAGAUCCUGAAAGACGAUGCUGUUUAUCAGAAGUACAGUGACGUGCUGGAGAGAGGCACGGCAUCCUUUGAGAAGAUCCUGUGGAACGGUAAAUACUACAACUACGACAACAGCGGGAAGUCCUACUCCAACAGCGUGAUGUCAGACCAGUGCGCCGGCCACUGGUUUCUCAGGGCCUCAGGAAUAGGAGACGGGGAGUUCCAGGUGUUCCCCCAGUCCAACAUUCACAGCGCUCUGAAGACUAUCUUUGACCUCAACGUCAUGAGCUUUGCUAAUGGUACCAUGGGAGCUGUGAACGGGAUGAGACCGGAGGGUGUUCCCGACACGUCCAGUGUGCAGUCAGACGAGGUGUGGAUCGGCGUGGUGUACGGGCUCGCUGCCACCAUGAUACACGAGGGUCUGGUGGAGGAGGGAUUCCACACGGCGGAGGGGUGCUACCGGACGGUGUGGGAGCGGCUGGGCAUGGCCUUCCAGACCCCCGAGGCGUACUGUGAGAAGAACAUCUUCCGCUCGCUGGCCUACAUGCGACCACUCAGCAUCUGGGCCAUGCAGUUGGCACUGGAGAGGAGAGAGGCCGAGGAGAGUGCCGCACCGUGAACUCUUACCCUCAUUGCACACCUCAGCUGGAAGAAGGCAGUGCCAUACCAGUACUGUACAGAUCAUUCUCUCUCUCUCUCUCUCGCCUCCCCCACAGCUAUUCAGUAUUAAUUCCACUCUCACAGCAGUGGCAGUCCUCCUGCCACACUGUAUUUAUUGUAAAUAUUUACCCUUUUAAUAAUGAUAAGAAGACACUGGCUGUACCUGACCUUAAAUCAUGAUUUUUCGGAGCUUGGUGUCGGUGCUGUCUCUCCUUUCUGCUCCUGUUUCUAUGGAAAAUUACUGCAAAGCUUUUAGACGUUUUCUCCUGAAAUGUGAGAGUCAAUUAUUGAAUAAAAGUAAGAUGCUUGUUUUCAAAUAAA